CGUUUCAUUACACUUACACAAAACUUCCUCUAUUUCUACUUUAGUCAGAGGGUUUGAAAACUUGCCUUCUCUUGAUUUGGUGCCACUUCUAUCUGAAAAACCUGAGGAUGUGGCAGCAGACUCCAUCUUUCUUUCUUAUUCUGUCUGUGAUCAUCACAGGGUCUCUCUCAGCUUCUUGGAACAUGGUGGUCUCUCCAGAGGUCACUGUCUCCAGAGGAGAAGACGCCGUCCUCAACUGCUCCUUCACUCAUCCCCAACAACAGAGCUAUUCAGGGACGAUCACUGUGAAAUGGGCCAGAGCACCAGAUUCUGUGUUCUUCAGCUGUUCAGUUAGAAAUGAGUCGAUGGAAGGACCCACUAACUGUUCAUUCCCUGGAUUAAAACAUUCUCUGCAUGGAGAUCCUCGGCGAGGGGAGCUGUCCCUCCUCAUCAGGGAGGUACAGCUGAGUGAUAACGGUGAAUACGUCUGCAGAGUGGAGCUGGACAGGCAGAGGGAUUAUAGGGAAAAAAAGAUACAGCUUCAUGUAAAAGGUGAACCACAGAUCCUGAGCCUCUCUGUGGUGGAGACUCCCUCUGACUCAGGCAACACCACCCGCAGGCUGCAGUGUGAGGUGGAGGGUAACCCACUGCCUAAACUCGUCUGGCUGUUGGUCUCCAGGAAAAUGAUGGAAAACCAGGUGAUGACCACUCAGACUGCUCUGUACCGAGUGACCAGCUCUGUGCCGUACUCAGAGGAGGAGGUGUUGACCUGCAGGGUGGAGAGCGAGCUGGGUGAAGCAGAGAGGACGUAUCCACCCAGUAAAACAAUACAACCCAGUAAAACGAUAGCACCGGUAAUUUGUGGUGUUCUGGUGCCGCUGCUGCUGCUGAUCUCUGCAGGAGUCAUCGUUUACUGCCUCAGAAAGAGGAUAGGUCCAGACGACGCCUCUCCUGUUUAUGGGAACGCUGACGUCGUGGAGAAUCAUCGAGUGCGAGCGUCCGACUCUCCGGCCGACGCUGAGAUCCAGCUGGUUUAUUCGACCAUCUCCCUGACCAACAGCUCUCCACCUCUUCAUGUCAUAAACUCCACUCAGCAACACGAGGAGCCAGGUGUGCUGUACUCUCCUGUGAGGGAGUGAGGUAUGAAAACUCCACCUUCAACCAUCCAUGGAGAAACACUGAGGAUAAUCUGAUGUACACCUGUGUGUGUGUGUGUGUGUUCUGUCCCUUCAAUGUGAAACCAACAUAAUGUGAUAUCUGUCUGUUCAUAGUUUUAAAGGUUUGUUUCAUCUGUUUCUGUAUUGAUCUUGUUCUUCUGUCACUUUAUUAAAGAUCCAAUCCUGAACCUG